UGUGCUCGCUGUGCGGCACUGCACUGACGACAGCACUGCCAACCCCGUGUGCCUACUACUUCCAUAGGUCGUGAUGUCGUCACUGGCUAGCGUGCUUCGGGUUUCUGGGCGCCGUUCCAUACUUCUGUCUGCGAGAAGAGGCCAGCAACUUGUAAGACCUACUGCUGCUGCAAGGGCACAACAGGCAGCGGCGGCAACGAGCGCAGCAGCGCCGUUCAACACCAGCGGGAACUUCGACGCCUCGUACACUACUACCUCCUGCUCACCAUUGAGUCGGAUCGGAGCCCGCGGCGCUACCUGGUCGGCAUCCUCUUCGCCAUUGCCGUUCCGGAGACGGCAAGCCUGCGGCCUGCGAUGGGUGCAAUCGACCGCAGUGGCACAUCAGCAACACCGCCUCCCUCAAUGGGCAACCGCGGAAACCUUCUCCGCCGGCAGCAGCAAGCGCGGCAUGAUGAGCAAGGCUAGCCGGAAAGGCGACGACUCGAAAGGCGAGCAGCAGCAGCAGAAGCAGCAAGGAGAGGAGCAGCAGUACGAGGACGCCGACUACGAGCCGGAGCCCGAGGAGAAGAUAUCGAUCGUCAAGACCGUGGCCGGCCUUUGCGUCCUCGGCCUGGUCCUUGCGGCCCUCGGCGCCACGGUCACGGAGCUCUGGCCGAGCCACAUGGCGCCCCAGUCCAUCAUGUCGCACGCCCACGACGUGUUUCAAGCCGACCCUGAUACCGCGAACCACUUCGGGACGCCUUUGAAGGUGUACGGGCGGGACAACAACCGGCACCGGGAAGGGCGGAGGAACUUCGUGGAGCACGUGGACCAUGAGGACCCCAUCGACAAGAGCAAGAGAACCAGGGUCCGCUUCAACGUCGAGGGCCCGCACGGCCACGGCAUGGCGUACGCCGAGGUGUCGAACAAGAUGGAGUCGGGGGAAUGGGUCUACCUGUGCGUGCAGGACCUCCAAACGGGCCACGUUAUCACGCUCCACGACAACCGAGCCCUGCUCAUGGCGCAGGCCCAGGCGGGAUCGGACGAGGAGAAGAACGCCUUCCGGAAAAUGCUUGGGCAGUAAUGAAAAUAGAGGCAUGAUUUGGUCGGGGGGGGGCGUUUCUGUUUUCUUUGAAGUCGGCAGCCGGCCAGAUCGACCUUGUUCGCGCGUUCAUUUCUUGUGGUCUGUGCCCGUGGUGGUGUUUUCCACGUAUGGAGUGCGCUGUUCGGGACAGCGGCUCUGUUUUGUUCUCCUUUCACCCGGGGAUGCCCGGGCGGCUUCGCGUUGUCCCCCCGCUUGAUGACUUCUUGUGCUUGCUAAUUGGGCACACCUCGCACGUGCCGAUGCGUGAAGGAAGAGUUCCACGAGCAUUUAGGUACACCGGCAGAGUGCGUCCGUCCGCAAUGUUUGCAGGUGUUUUGGAGGUCAUAUGCCUUGACCAAGAGUUGAGCAGGGCGGGGCAGGGGGGCACAUUUUUUGUGAAUGAGCCUGGAUCGUCAGAGCGUUGUUUCGAUUUCCAAAGCUGACUACGCAUUAGUGUUGCUCGGCGUGGUCAGUAAUGGACUCCAUCACGAACGUUUGCUUUCUUUUUUCGCGCCCCUCUCUCGCGAGGUCAAUGGUCUCUGGAAGUGAAAGCUCCAGAAAGUAAAUUAAGUCAUGCGCAGCUGUCAUCCGUAC